UCCAGGCGGGCGGCAGCUGCAGGCCAGCCGCCUGGCUCGCAGGAUGGACUGGCCGCACAACCUGCUGUUCCUUCUCGCCCUCUCCAUCUUCCUGGGGCUGGGCCAGCCCAGGAACCCCAAAGGCAAGAGGAAGGGGCCAGGGCGGCCUGGCACCCUGGCUCCAGGGCCUCACCAGCUGCCGCUGGACCUAGUGUCCCAGACGAAGCCGUACACCCGCAUGGAGGAGUAUGAGAGGAAUCUCGGGGAGAUGGUGGCCCAGCUGAGGAACAGCUCCGAGCCGGCCAAGAGGAAGUGUGAGGUCAACCUGCAGCUGUGGCUGUCCAACAAGAGGAGCCUGUCGCCCUGGGCCUACAGCAUCAACCACGACCCGAGCCGCAUUCCUGUGGACCUGCCGGAGGCGCGGUGCCUGUGUCUGGGCUGCGUGAACCCCUUCACCAUGCAGGAGGACCGCAGCAUGGUGAGCGUGCCCGUGUUCAGCCAGGUGCCUGUGCGCCGUCGCCUCUGCCCGCUGCCACCACGCACCGGGCCCUGCCGCCAGCGCACCGUCAUGGAGACCAUUGCGGUGGGCUGCACCUGCAUCUUCUGAACCGGAGGCUGAGGGUAGCCAGAGACCACCCUCCCUGUGCUCCCAUGCCAAGCGAGGCCCAUGAAAAGUAAAUGCUGUCUUUUGUUAAGCAAGA